AACAAAGCUAAACCAUUAAAGCUAUUGUUUGUUCGUUAUUCAUAUGGCCGAAAUAUUGUUUUAGGUAUAACGCAGUACAGCAUUACACAUCAUAACAACAAAGCUCUGUCUUUCAAAGACUUUUUAAUUGUAUGUAUCGUUACACAGCUCAAAUUUACACACAUCAGCUCAGCCACACACAAUAAAAAACAACAAAGAUAAAAUAAUAAAAAUGGACUUGGCACAUUUAUUUUAAUAACAAAAAAAGGUAGUUAUCAAUAGUAAACAAACAGUAGAAGCUUAAGGUGUUACAAACUGUUGAGGGUAAAGAGUCAUGAAAAGCAAUCAAGCAGUUAUGUGGUUGAAAGGAUUAUUCUUCCACUAGCAUGCUCGUUGAGAAAAAGUUGACCUUUUUAAGCGACAAAACGUGGAGCCAAAUGACCUCAGUCUGGCUGUCGCCAUUGACAAACCUUCAGAGCCAUGAACUUCAAACGUCGAAUUUCGCCAGCUCCAGUCAAUGACUCCGAUUAGAACUGAUUCGUAUCGCAUUUUCCUAACUGUGUUCUGCUUUAACAAACAUCAACGAUGACGAUGUAAACUGCUUAUAAGUGAAAUCAUGGAGAACCAGCAAGCAAAACGAUUUGCCUACCCUCAGUCAUUCCGGUUUGGGUGUGGGAAAGCAUGUUAUCCAUGUUUUCGUAUCAACAGGGUAUCAGUUUUUCACCCCACCCACACUGGCCGAUAGGAGUUUGUGGAAACUGUAACCUUGUCUUCGUCUUGUGUUUUGUGAAAUCUCCCGUUGGUUCAACGAGAUCCCCUGCAGAGUUGAUCUAGGAAAAUUAUUUAUUAAAUCCGGUUCCCGACGACAAAACACUACAGAUAAAGUCUAACUUUUGAACCGUUCGCUCCUGUCAGCAUCUAAGAUGCAUCGAUUGUGCAACGGCAGAAUUUUGGCAGCAAUCUGCAGCCUCGCCGUUUUGCCUGCACUGUUCCAUCGUUCCUUGGUCACCGGUCAGCAUCAACCAGGCGAUGAAACUUGCGAAACUCUUCCGUCCGAAAUUCAUCUCAUUAAAGAGGAAUACGACGAGCUAGGCCGGCUGUUCCGGACCUGCAACGGCGAUGUCACGGUUAACAAGUGCGAAGGCAAGUGCAACAGCCAAGUGCAACCAUCGGUCAUAACGGCUACCGGCUUCCUGAAGGAAUGUUACUGCUGCCGGGAAUCGUUCCUGCGAGAACGCCAGCUGCAGCUGACUCACUGCUACGAUCCGGACGGUGUCCGAAUGACCGAUCAUGACUCGGCCACCAUGGAGAUUCGCCUCAAGGAACCGAUCGACUGUAAGUGCUACAAGUGUGGUGAUUUGGUACGUUAGAAGAAAGAAAUGGCCCCUUUAAAAGGAGAUGUGAAGGCUACCAAAACCGUACUUCAUGUGCUAUAGGAAGAUCGAAAUCAUUAGUUUUCGUUUUGUGUUAAUCGAUUUGGUGAUCGUUGUUCUUAUUGUCGAGUAUGUAUCUUGUAAGUUUAUCGAGCCCAUAAGUUGUAAAGUUGUCCUGAAGUGCCCCCUCGGAAAAAAAAAUAAAUCAAUA